AUGCCGGCCGCGGCGGGGGACGGGCUCCUGGGCGACGAGGACGCGGCCCGGCCGGCGGCGGCCUGCGAGGGAAGUUUCCUGCCGGCCUGGGUGAGCGGCGUGCCCCGCGAGCGGCUCCGCGACUUCCAGCACCACAAGCGCGUGGGCAACUACCUGGUGGGCAGCCGGAAGCUGGGCGAGGGCUCGUUCGCCAAGGUGCGCGAGGGGCUGCACGUGCUGACCGGCGAGAAGGUGGCCAUCAAAGUCAUCGACAAGAAGAGAGCCAAGAAGGACACCUAUGUCACCAAAAACCUUCGGCGCGAGGGGCAGAUCCAGCAGAUGAUCCGCCACCCCAACAUCACCCAGCUGCUCGAUAUCUUGGAGACGGAGAACAGCUACUACCUGGUCAUGGAGCUGUGUCCUGGGGGCAACCUGAUGCGCAAGAUCUCCGAGAAGAAGCGGCUGGAGGAGGCGGAAGCCCGCAGAUACAUCCGGCAGCUCAUCUCCGCCGUGGAGCACCUGCACCGCGCCGGGGUGGUCCACCGAGACUUGAAGAUAGAAAAUUUGUUACUGGAUGAAGACAAUAAUAUCAAGCUGAUUGACUUCGGGCUGAGCAACUGCGCGGGCAUCCUGGGCCACUCGGACCCGUUCAGCACGCAGUGCGGCAGCCCCGCCUACGCCGCGCCCGAGCUGCUCGCCAGGAAGAAAUACGGCCCCAAAAUCGACGUCUGGUCCAUAGGCGUGAACAUGUACGCCAUGCUCACCGGGACCCUGCCUUUCACCGUGGAGCCUUUCAGCCUGAGGGCUUUGUACCAGAAGAUGGUGGACAAGGAGAUGAACCCCCUCCCCACGCAGCUCUCCGCAGGAGCCAUCCACUUCCUGCGCUCGCUGCUGGAGCCCGACCCCGUGAAGAGGCCCAAUAUCCAGCAGGCUCUGGCCAAUCGCUGGCUCAAUGAGAACUACGUGGGCAAGGUGCCGUGCAAUGUCACCUACCCCAACAGGAUCUCGCUGGCAGACCUGAGCCCGAGCGUGGUGCUGCACAUGACCGAGAAGCUGGGCUACAAGAACAGCGACGUGGUCAGCACGGUGCUGGCCAACCGCGCCUGCCACAUCCUCGCCGUGUACUUCCUCCUCAACAAGAAGCUGGAGCGCUACCUGGCCGGGAAGUCCGACGUCCAGGACGGCGUCUGCCCCAGGACCCAGCUCCCCCAGAUGGAGAGGUGCAGGCCCGGCAGGGAGCCCUACGAGGCCUCCUUGGACACCUGGACGAGAGACCUCGAAUUCCAUGCUGUGCAGGAUAAAAAGCCCAAAGAACAAGAGAGACGAGGGGAUUUUCUUCCCCGGCCUUUUCCCAAGAAGCUGGACAAGAACCUGCCGGCUCACAGACAGCCCUCGGCCUCGCUCAUGACGCAGAUUCAGAACACCAGGGCCCUGCCGAGGGACCGGAAGGCCACCAAGUCUGGCUUCCCCGACAAAGAUCCCUUCGGCUGCCGCAGUAUUUUCCGCAAAACCUCAGACUCCAGUUGUGUGGCUUCUUCCUCCAUGGAGUUCAUCCCUGUCCCACCGCCCAGGACCCCCAGGCUGGUCAAGAAACCGGAGCCCCCUCAGCAGGGCCUGGGGAGCAGCGGCCUCCCCUGCAGGGAGGAUCCCCUGAUGCUGGACAUAGUCCGCUCCUUCGAGUCCGUGGACCGCGAUGACCAGCUGGAACUGCUGUCCCCGGCCCGCCACUGCAGGGUUCUGAGCUCCCCCGGGGGCUCGGCUCGCGGACACCCCGGCGAGCAGACGCUGUCCCCGGCCCUGCUGCCUGGCGGCUCCUACCCUCUCCAGACGCCCGUGUACUCCACUCUGGUCUCCUUCGCUCACGAGGAUAAGAACUACCUCCCCAAAGAGGGGGAGGUGUGUUCCCCUCCCCCGGGGCCCAGCUCCGGCGCCCCGCAGCCCCUGGGGAGCCCGAACUGCGUGAAGAGCCGAGGCAGGUUCCCCAUGAUGGGCAUCGGGCAGAUGCUGCGGAAGCGGCACCAGAACCUGCAGCCCUCGGCGGACAGGCCGCUGGAGGCCAGCAUGCCCCUGCUGCAGCCCGUGGGGCCCAGCGGCCUGCCCUUCGCCAUGGCCGAAGGCCUGCAGGGCCAGUGCUGA